AUGACAUCCGACACAUUUCCAUGCUACAACAAGAGUGUCAUGACAUCCGACACAUUUCCAUUCUACAACAAGAGUGUCAUGACAUUUGACACAUUUCCAUUCUACAACAAGAGUGUCAUGACAUCCGACACAUUUCCAUGUUACAACAAGAGUGUCAUGACAUCCGACACAUUUCCAUUCUACAACAAGAGUGUCAUGACAUUUGACACAUUUCCAUUCUACAACAAGAGUGUCAUGACAUCUGACACAUUUCCAUUCUACAACAAGAGUGUCAUGACAUCCGACACAUUUCCAAUCUACAACAAGAGUGUCAUGACAUCCGACACAUUUCCACUCUACAACAAGAGUGUCAUGACAUUCGACACAUUUCCAUUCUACAACAAGAGUGUCAUGACAUCCGACACAUUUCCAUUCUACAACAAGAGUGUCAUGACAUUUGACACAUUUCCAUUCUACAACAAGAGUUUCAUGACAUCCGACACAUUUCCAUUCUACAACAAGAGUGUCAUGACAUCCGACACAUUUCCAUUCUACAACAAGAGUGUCAUGACAUCCGACACAUUUCCAUUCUACAACAAGAGUGUCAUGACAUUCGACACAUUUCCAUUCUACAACAAGAGUGUCAUGACAUCCGACACAUUUCCAUUCUACAACAAGAGUGUCAUGACAUCCGACACAUUUCCAUGCUACAACAAGAGUUUCAAGACAUCCAACACAUUUCCAUGCUACAGCAAGAGUUUCAAGACAUCAGACACACUUCCAUGUUAUGACAAGCGUGUCAAGAUCCAAGACCUUUCCAUGCUAUGA